AUGCUGCUACCAAACCUCACAAGAAAGCACUUGGUCGUCCUGCUCACAGGUGCCUGCUUUUCGCUCCUGCUGAUUGCUCUGUCUUUGUCCGACUCGAUCACUCUCAGUCCGCAGCGAUUGUACAACUACUAUGGCGGUGGCACUGCCGAAACCUCGAUUGCCAAUGGCGUCCCCUUGCGCAUCAUGACCCUUGGCGCAUCCGUCUGCCGGGGCGACGUCUCCAAUGGCACAUUAGGUUUCCGCAAGCCUCUCCGUGAGAAACUGGUGUCAAUGGGCAAUAAGGUGAACAUGGUCGGCUCUGCCAGGGUUGGAGAAUUCAUAGACAACGACGUUGAGGCGCAUGGCGGCAACCGCGUCGACCAGGUCCACGACUGGGCGACAUACAGCGUCCCCCUCACCAAGCCGAACCUGUUUCUGAUCAAUGUCGGCUCCAACGACUGCCUCCAAAAGUGGGACACUCCCAACUACCAUGUGCGCCUGAGCAACUUCAUUACGUUUCUUCUCGAACAGUCACCCGGAGGCACCGUUGUGCUGUCGACGCUCUUGACCAACACCGUGCCCAAUACCGAGCCAUGUAUCCUCGAUAUCAACGAGCAGAUCAGGGCCCUCGCUGCGCACUUGCGAGAACAGGGAACGCGCAUAGUCUUGGCGGAGAUGCACGAUCAAUUCGUGCCCGAGGGCGACACGCUGGAGAGGCCGCACCCGGGCAACAUCACCCCCGAUGGAACGCACCCAGAUGACGCUGGUUACGCUAUGAUGGCCAAGAUCUUCUAUCAGGGCAUUCUCGAGGCUGAUCGCCACGGCUUCAUCACCCGGGCAAUCGACAAUGGCGUGGCAGAAGACGGCGAGGCUGGAAGAGAAUUCAGGGAGGAAGAGCGACUGCCGGGCCAGGUUGAAGGCCUCACAGAAACGGCAUGA